AUGAGUUCCGAUCAAGAAAUAGAUUACUACGAACUCUUAGAUGUUACUUACAAUGACACAAGAGAAAUUAUCGAUAAAGCAUAUCGUCGUGCUGCCAUAAGAUUUCAUCCUGACAAAAAUCGGGAUAAUACUUUAGAAGCCACAAAUAAAUUUCUCUUGGUUUCGAAGGCAUACCAAACUUUGAUUGAUCCUAAAAAAAAAUUAGAAUAUGAUACUUUACAUAAAGCACGUAUUGCGGCUAAGAAAAGAUAUGAGGCUUUGGAUACAAAGAGAAAAGCUAUGAAAGAAGAACUUGAGGAAGGAGAAAAGAUUGCUAAGCAAGCAAAAAAAACAGUUUUUACGGAAGAAUCAAAAGCAAAGAUUGAACGUUUAAGAGAAGAGACACUUAAACGAAGACAAGAAAGAGAUGAAAGAUUAAGACAAGCUGCUAUAGCAAAAUCUAAACUUUCUUCUUCCACCACCAAUAAUUCAUCAUCCUCGAAUUUUCCUCCCAUCUAUAGGAAACCUAAUUUCAAUAUUAAUGCAUAUGAAACCAUGGUAUUAAAUAAAAUGUUGGAAGUAGGAAAACUUGAGCAAGAAAUCCGUGAAAGAGAAUCAAGAAAAUCCUGA